AUUCCCUCGGUGUCUAGUGAAGAGCCCCAAUAUAUAGGAACUGUACACUCAGAUGUCACACAAUAACGUUAGUCUAGACUCUAGCUGCUAGCCAUAGCCAAUAAUAACUGACUGUAAUACUAGUCACUUACUGUUAACUUAACGUUAUAUUCUCAUCGAAGUUCUGUCUCAUAGUCCUAGUGUAUGAAUAUUGACCUUUGCAGGAUGUUAAUAAAUCCACGAUAAACCCUAACCCAAGACAAAAAAUGGAUAGGGCUAGAGCUAACCUACCUAGUAUAUCUGUUCUAAAUACCCAUAGCUACACAUUUGGAUGCAGGCUACAAAGUUCUGACUGUGACAAGGUGUGGUAUCUGUGUUUAUGGGAUCGUUAACUAGCCACCUAACAUUGCAUCGCUAAAUUUGAUGAGUUUUUGACUGUUGAAGUUGAAGUUGUUCAUCUCACACAUGAACGUUUCCUUGUUGUUGUCCAUGGAGACCUUCUUGACGUAACGUUAGACAUGUUCUCUAAUUAGAUGUCAAGGAUAGAAUUCUGAUGUCAGCAUUUGCUCCUUGACAAACAUAACUGCCUGACCAACAACUCGACGUUAGUGUGUGGAAUGCGUCAUACAGCAGCUUUUUAGAACUUAACACUUCAGUAAAAAUAUCAGCAAAGUCUGAUAAGUCACCUCUUUGACUUCCAAGUUUUGUCAAUCUGUGUACCUACCCUCGCUGUAGCCUGGUCUAUCACCAGACCCUGACUGACUGUGAAGUGUGGAAUUUUCAACAUCCUGUAAGAUCCUCCCUGUGUCUUGGAACUACUAACAUUUGUCUGAAAAGAUGCAGUGGAAUAAGUUGCAUGCUGUUACCAUCCAGGUUGUCAGUCAGUCAACCUCAUCACACUCAAAAUGUCUAAUAAGAUGAAGUUAAAAAGAAGGGAAAGGAAAAAAUAUGAAAAGUUUCCCAUCUUGACGUUCAUUCAAGGCUCAUUCGAAAGAAAACUCACAAUCGUUUGUUCCUGUAAUCUUGACAUUUACAACUAAAAAAGCAAUAUGUUGCCGACCACCUCCUACACCCCCCAGAGCCAUGGCAACGGUAGCCUGGGCUCCCGUGAUUCUGUUCGCCACACGGCGGGCGCCAAACGCUACAAGUACCUGCGACGGCUUCUCCACUUCAAGCAGAUGGACUUUGAUUUUGCCAUCUGGCAGAUGCUCUACCUGUUCACCUCGCCACAGAGGGUGUACCGCAACUUCCACUACCGCAAGCAGACCAAAGACCAGUGGGCGCGAGACGAUCCGGCUUUCCUGGUCCUUCUCAGCAUCUGGCUUUGUGUGUCCACCAUUGGCUUCGGGCUCGUUCUGGACAUGGGCUUCGUGGAGACGCUGAAGCUGCUUCUGUGGGUGGUGUUCAUCGACUGCAUCGGCGUGGGGCUACUCAUCUCCACUCUCAUGUGGGUGAUCACCAAUAAGUACCUGAUAAAGCAGCCCUGCAAGGAUUAUGAUGUGGAAUGGGGCUAUGCCUUUGAUGUCCACCUCAAUGCCUUCUACCCUCUGCUCGUCAUCCUCCACUUCCUGCAACUCUUCUUCAUUAAUCAUAUUGUAGUCAUCAAUUCCGACUGGUUUGUGGGUUACUUUGUGGGAAACACCAUGUGGCUGAUCGCCAUUGGAUAUUAUGUCUACAUCACCUUUCUAGGCUACAAUGCGUUGCCGUUCCUGAAGAACACCGUAGUGCUUCUCUACCCGUUCGCCCUACUCGGCCUCAUCUACGUCCUGUCUGUCUGUUUGGGCUGGAACUUCACCAAGGGCCUCUGCUGGUUCUACAAGUACCGGGUGCAGUAGGAGGGUCCCUGGACUGCCCCUGGUCCGCCCCAGGCCCAGCUGGGCCACUCAAAGACUCUCUGGGGACGAGCAGAAAGACCUGCUUUCGCUGUUUUUCUUUUUUUAGAGAGGGCCUGUGUGUGCCGUGAUUUUUGUACAUCAUGUAAAUACUACUGUGGUUGUAGAUACAAAGGUGAAAAAAGUGAUGAUGGAUUGUUUAUAAGAUUUUGGUUGUUUCUUUUUAACUUGGCAAGAAGAAAUUUCUGCUUGAUGAGAUGGAGGAGCAGAAUAUCAGUGGUUGACUUGCAUUUGAUGACUUGCGUAUGAUCAGGACAGGCCUGAGAGAGUUUUCUGGUAAAUUUUUUUCCUCAGAUUGUACAUUCCCAAUUGUCUAUCACAGCACCUUCAAUAAAGGGUUUCCUUUUUUACAGUU